UUUUUUUUUUCCAUCUUUCACCAUCUUUCACAGGAGCAGCUUAAAUAAACUAGCAAGAUGAGUCAAGUCAUUGUGAUGAACACCAAUGUGGAGCGCGAGACUGGUCGCAAAGCUCAAACCUCCAACAUUACCGCUGCCAAGACCGUUGCUGAUAUCAUUAGGACGUGUCUUGGACCACGUUCAAUGUUGAAGAUGUUGUUGGAUCCUAUGGGAGGCGUCGUCCUGACCAACGAUGGAAAUGCUAUCCUCAGAGAAGUCGAGGUCGCUCAUCCCGCUGCUAAGAGCAUGAUCGAGCUUGCUAGGACACAGGAUGAGGAGGUUGGCGAUGGAACUACCAGUGUUAUUAUUCUCGCUGGAGAAGUUCUUGCUCAAGCCCUUCCUUUUCUUGAGCGUAAUAUUCAUCCGAUUGUCAUUAUCGCUGCCUUCAAACAGGCUCUGGAAGAUGCCAUUGAGAUUGUUGACAAGAUUUCGGUCCCUGUCAAUGUGAAUGAUCCUAAAGAGAUGCUGGAUUUGGUCAAGACUUCAAUUGGUACCAAGUUUGUCAGCCGUUGGAGCGACUUAAUGUGCAAAUUGGCUUUAGACGCUGUCCGCUGCGUUGCUGUUGAAUCAGAUGGACGCAGAGAGGUUGAUAUCAAGCGCUAUGCUCGUGUCGAGAAGAUUCCUGGUGGAGAGAUCGAGGAUUCUAGGGUUUUGGAUGGAGUAAUGCUCAACAAGGAUGUGACUCAUCCAAAGAUGCGUCGCCGCAUUGAAAACCCUCGUAUUAUCUUGUUGGAUUGCCCUCUCGAGUACAAGAAAGGCGAGUCUCAGACCAAUAUUGAGGUGACCAAGGAGUCGGACUGGGCAAGGAUUUUGCAAAUUGAGGAAGAGCAAAUUAAGAGCAUGUGCGACAAGAUUAUCGAGUUGAAACCCGAUAUUGUUUUUACAGAGAAGGGUGUCUCUGACUUGGCACAGCAUUACUUUGUCAAGGCCAACAUUACGGCCAUUCGCCGUGUCCGCAAAACUGACAACAACCGUAUUGCUCGUGCUGUUGGUGCAACGAUUGCUAACCGUGUCGACGAUUUGAAGGAGUCUGAUGUCGGAACUGACUGCGGCCUAUUUGCCGUCGAGAAGAUUGGUGACGAAUACUUCACUUUCCUUACUGGAUGUAAGAACCCUAAGGCUUGCACCAUUGUCUUACGUGGACCUUCCAAGGACAUCUUGAACGAGAUUGAGCGCAACUUGAUGGAUGCUAUGUGCGUUGCUCGUAAUGUAUAUUUCAACCCCAAGCUCUCUCCUGGUGGAGGAGCCACAGAGAUGGCUAUUUCUGUAGGUUUGAUGGAGAAGAGCAAAACGCUAGAGGGAACAGUCCAGUGGCCAUACAAGGCUGUUGCAGAGGCUAUGGAGGUGAUUCCUCGUACGCUUAUCCAGAACUGCGGAGGAAAUGCUAUCAAGAUCUUGACUUCAUUGCGUGCCAAACACGCGACUGGCCAUCACUCCUGGGGUAUUGAUGGACAUGCAGGCAAAGUUGUUGAUAUGCAUGAGUACGGAAUCUGGGAGCCCAAUGCAGUCAAGGUACAGACGAUUAAGACUGCCAUCGAAUCAUCGUGCUUGUUGUUGCGUGUUGAUGAUAUUGUUUCUGGAUUGUCAGGCGCCAAAGCACAGCAGGGUGGUGGUGGAGCGGCACCUGAGCAGCAAGAGAUGGGUGAGGGUGACAUGCAGCCUGAGCAAUAAAGAGGGAAAAGCGUUGCGAAAGCGACUGCGGGAAGGUAUAAAAAAGGGAGGCACAGUCGAAUGUACGAUGAGAUAGACUGCAUACAAAAAGGAGAUUGUGAACGUAUUUCUAGUUGUCAUAAGCAAAAAAAAAUAAAACG